AGGUUGCUCAUCUAAUUUCAUGCUAGGGAUUGGCUCCCAAGUAAAUCCAGAGAUGGUUGGUUUUACUUACAGGAAGAGACAACCCCGAGAAAACUUAAUAGCAGCACUGAUGGCGUCUGACUAUGAGGAGACACAGGCAAAAGAUCAUGAGGAGUUAGAAAGACAACGCCAACAAAUUGCUUUGAUGCAACAGCAGUUGGCAGGUCAUCAUCCAGUUGCCCCACCACAGCCGUCACAUGGUCCUGGCUCCGGUCUUCGCAUGAAUUCAGCUUUCACCUACUCCACGGAUUUUACACAAACCUCUCCUAUGGUCCCUGAAUAUCAACAGCAACGGCAGUUUCCGCCUCAAGACGAUGAUGCAUACCAUCCUACUUUUGAUCCAGACUAUUAGGGUCCUUAGUUUUUUUAAUUUUUUGCUAUGCACAUUAUCUGCAUACUUUGCAUGGUUGGCUUUAUUUCUAUUAGUACUUUAAACUGUUAGCUUUAGCUUUUAUUACGAUAUAUUUUCUUAUUUUACUUGACCUCUAGUGAUCAUACUUCAAAAGGUAUGAAGUUUUGGACUACUUUGGAGGUUAAUUAUUAUUAACUAAAUAUCGUGGGUAUUU